AUUUCCUCACUGAUCAAUCACUCCAUCAGGGCCUCCUCUCUCUCCAUCUCUCCAAGCCGUCCGAUCAUUAAAAAAAAUUAAAUUUCCUUGAACAAUAGUCAAAAGGACCGUUACUCCACCACCUAAAGAGACCCUCUGGUUUCAGUCGUUUUGUCUUCCCAAACAACAACGCAAUGACGGUGGCCAGUGUAGCCUCUUCUCACAGCAAGAAACUCAUGAAGUUCACUCUCUCCAUUUUUAGCCCUCGCUUUAGUUCUUCAAGAUGUAAAACAGCGGCGAAAAUGGCGGUGGCGAGGAUUAAGCUGCUGAGGAAUAAGAGAGAAGUUGUUGUUAGGCAAAUGAAAAGAGACAUUGCUUUGCUUCUUGAAUCUGGUCAAGAUGCCACUGCUCGUGUCAGGGUUGAGCAUGUGAUAAGGGAACAGAACGUUUUGGCUGCAAAUGAGUUUAUUGAGCUCUUCUGUGAGUUAGUUGUGGCCAGACUUACAAUAAUUGCAAAGCAAAGAGAAUGCCCAGCAGACCUGAAAGAAGGAAUUGCUAGUUUAAUAUUUGCAGCUCCAAGGUGCGCUGAAAUUCCAGAGCUUGGGGCAAUUGUAAAGAUAUUUGAGAAGAAGUACGGAAAAGAUUUUGUAUCUGCAGCCACUGAUCUGCGACCCAACUGUGGUGUUAAUCGCAUAUUAAUUGACAAGCUUUCUGUUAGAACUCCUACUGGUGAAGUAAAGUUGAAAAUCAUGAAGGAAAUAGCAAAGGAAUACCAAAUUGAUUGGGAUACAGCAGAAUCUGAAAAGGAGCUUCUCAAGGCUCCAGAGGAGCGCAUUGAGGGACCUAACACUUUUAUUAGUGCUUCAAGCUUACCUGUCAAGCCAACUCAAAAUAAUGUUGUAGACAUUGGAUCAACUAAUGAAGGGGCACUGGGUAAUAUACAGUUUCAAGAUACUGCAUCUGCUGCUGAAGCAGCUGCAGAGUCUGCUAAGCAAGCAAUUGCAGCUGCACAGGCCGCUGCUCAUCUAGCCAACAAGAACUUUAAUCCAGGCAGUCAAGCACCUGGUUUUGAUCAUAAGUUGAAUGCCUCAGCCAUCAAUACAGGAUUUUCAAUGCUCUCUGGCAAUACCAUGGGCCUUUCCAUGGCAAAUGAUCCCCGAAUCAACUGUCAAGUCAUGGAUUAUCAAUCUCAGGGCCUUGGAAGGAUUCAUGAGCCUCAGAAUUUUGAAAGGUCUAAUUAUGCAAGUACUGAGGAGACACGUUCAAUGCAAAUGGAUGGUGACCGUAUCUAUAGGAGACAUAGCUACAAUGAUGAGACAAGGCCAAACCAGAUGGAUGGUCAUAAUGUCCAUAGAAGACACAGCUACAAUACCUCUUCACCAAAGUCAGAAAUAAAGUUUGAUGAAUCAGACUGCGAUGAAGAGAUUGAAAUGGAAGAAUCUCCGGCUGGCAUUUAUGCACCACCACCUAAGCGGCCUCCACCACCAGUACCUUCAUCUCAUAUUCAUCAGGUUCAUCCUAAAUUGCCAGAUUAUGAUUCGCUGGCUGCUCGUUUUGAAGCUCUGAAGUAUCAAAGAUCACAAACCUAGAGUUCAAAGUAUCUGUGCUUAACUUUUGCUGGAUUUACACAAGCUUUUGCGUGGUGUAUGUGAUUCACUGGGUGCUCGUUUUGAAGCUCUGAAGUUUCAAAAAUCACAAACCUAGAUUACAGAGUUCUGGUGCUUAUUCUUUUAUUGGUUUUUACAAGCUUUUGCAUGGUGUAAGAAUGCAUAUUCUUUUCUAUAAUAUCCACAAUAAUAAAUCAGUAUUGAUUUUUUUUUCCAA